GAUGACAACUGACAUUAUUUUGGGAAGAAAUUGUUUUUUGUUGUUGUAAGAUGGUAAACGUAAAUUUCGGUUGAAUUUUUUAUUGUAAUUAAUUCUAUACACAAACAAUGGUGUGCGAGAAAUGUGAAAAGAAACUGGGUAGAGUUAUUACGCCAGAUCCUUGGAAAACUGGUGCGAGAAAUACCGUUGAGUCCGGGGGACGAAAAGUUGGUGAAAAUAAGGCGCUGACGGCAAAAAAGGGUCGAUAUAAUCCUUACACAUCAAAAUUUUAUGAGUGCAAAAUAUGCAGGACAAAAGUGCAUCAAGUAGGAUCACAUUACUGUCAAGCAUGUGCAUACAAAAAGGGAAUCUGUGCUAUGUGCGGAAAGAAGAUAUUGGACACAGCAAAUUAUAGGCAAAGUUCUACAUAGCAUCUGAACAAUUAUUAUAAGUAUACAAGACUUAAUAGUUUAUAGUUGUGAGUUUAUUUUAUGGUGCCCUUGCACAUUCACAAUCACUUUUCGCUCCUUGAUAGAUUUAAUAAAUUAUCAAGGUCAUCAGAAGUUCCAUAUCUCCAUGAGACAUGCACUUCAUAUAUAAGAACA